AGGUUGAGCAUAUGUAAAAAGAAAAUAGACCGAAAUUUUUGAAAAUAUUUAAAAUAAAUAUUUAAAAUGAACUUUCACGAGAUAAUUUCUGAAUUAUAUUCUGUAGUUAUAUUAUUUGAGCGCAAAAUGUAAGCGAGAAACUAUACACAAAUCUCUAUUUCAUUUCAUCAUUAUAAGAGUUCUACGUUUUAACAUGUAAUGUGUAUUAUAUAUGAAUAGAUAAACUACAUACCUACAAACAAACAAAUAAAUAAAUAGAUACCUACAUUACACGAAAAAUCAAAAGUGAAACCUGUUCGGCAAUAACACGUCAAUAUCAUAGAUACGUUCUCUUUAUGUCACGAAGCUUUCUCUAGAUCAUAGAUUCCAGAACUGAUUCUAGAACAAAUUUCGAAAAAAAGGCAAAAUUAUUUUUCUUUCUUACAGACCUCUUUGAUUUGAACUGAUGUUUUCUUCUUCUUUUCUAAAAAAAUACAGAUUCUUAUUAUAUAUAUGUAGACAAAUUAUAUAUACAUGUAUUCGCAAUGAGUGCAAUCAAUCUGUUGCUUUUAUAAUUGAUCUUCUACUUCCUAAAAUGAAUAGGUAUACUUUCUUGCUACUUUAUAAAUCAGCGAAGAAUACACGUAAAAAUUUACGUGUGUUUAAGACAGUUAAUGUACGAUUUAUUUAAGGCAGUUAAUGUACGAAAUAAGAAGGAAGUGCAUCGUAAAUCGCUUUUAUAACGUUUUCUACUGAUAUUUUAUAGAAUCAGGGAAUAUACAUAUAUUUUUUAUUGUUAAUUGUUGAUUUUCCUUGGUUUAAACAGUGGUAUGUCCACAAUUAUGAAUAAAAUGGCUACAAUAAGUUAUUUAUUGAUACUUUGAAGUCAUUUACAACAUUUCUUGUGACUUUCUUAAAUUCAUUAAGGAGUCGAUUUCUCCUUGGAAUUAUUACUAACGCAUAUUUGCUUAUGUAUAUAGAGUAUAUAGACAAUAAAAUGAAAAAUAAGUUCGCAUAAAGCUAUAUAUGAAGUACAAAGAAAAACUACGCAGAAUAAAAUCCUCGGGGGUACACACAGGAAUGGAAAGCAAGCGGGUAGAUAUAAGGAGGUCGUGUUUCAUUGGCACACUCAGUUUAUCACUCGAUCUACAUAGCAGAUCAGUCCGUAUUAUAAAAGCACGCAAAUUAGCAUUUCGCAAUGAAAAUUGAAUUGUUGUUGCAAUCUAUUUUAGUUUUACCGAUAUUGCUAGUUCCUAUAUCCGAAGGAUUUUUCUUCGAACACCCUAAGAAGCUAUUAAUGGAUUUGUUUCAAUCGUCAAAAGAAAAAAAAGAAGCAAGAAAGAGGCCUCAUAUAGAUCAUUAUCAUGUACAUUAUUAUCCAGUAACAAUCCCUAUAUUUGAACCACUGGUGAAAGCACCUAAAAAACACAAACUGGAAGAAAUAUAUCACAACCAAUUGGAAACAGUUGGGUGGUCCAGUCACGAAUAUAAAUAUAUUCCUGAACCUAAAAUUAAAACUUUCAGUUUAUAUGAUUCGCGGAAAAAUUCUGUGCCGUGCAAAAAAGAAAUUUUAGAAACAGAUCUUUUGGAAAUAAUGAACAAUAGCGAGGACGAAAAUGUAUUGUACAUACAUCCCUCCACUCACAAGUAUUAAAAUACACAAAAAAAGGGUACCUAAAAAAUCAUUAGAAAAUGAUUAAAAUCUUUAAAAAUUAUUAUCUCGUUCGAAAUGUUAGAUUAUAAAGAGCCUAUACAUAUAUUCGAUAUGACAACAAAAAAAUGCAAAUUAUCUGUAUUAAAAUUAAAUCUUUAAUCAAUCUUGACAUUAUUAAACUUUUUAUUAGACAUAUUUAGUGUUAUUUAGUUCCGUAGUCAAGUAUUCUGUGAAUAAUAAGUGCCACAUUCAUAAUAUUUAGGUUUUUCAUACUGAUAUUUUUGAUACUGGUUAUGUUUGAUACUGAUUUUUAUACUUAAGGAUUUUACAAGAUGAAAAUCUGUUGACGUAAAAAUCUUUAUUUUUUCAGUUUACUUACGUAAACUCUAGCGUGUCAAAAAUAUACCUUAUGAUGUUGAAUAUGUAUCGUAAAAUUUAUUAAAUACUGCAUUAUACGUUAAUUAGAAUUAGAGGUUGGUUCAAUAAAAUAAAAAUACAUUUUUA